AUGGAUGAAGAUUACGACUGUAUCGUCCUUGGCACCGGACUCACAGAGUGCAUAGUAUCGGGAAUGUUGUCAGUUUGUCGGAAGAAGGUCUUGCAUAUUGAUCGUAACAGCUACUACGGCGGCGAAAGCGCAUCGUUGACUCCUUUAGAGCAACUCUAUCAGAAAUUUCUUCCCGGUGUUGAUCCUCCUGAGGAGUUGGGUCGCGGUCGAGAUUGGAACGUCGAUCUGAUACCGAAGUUCUUAAUGGCUGAUGGUAAAUUGGCCAAACUGUUACUGCACACUGGUGUUACUCGCUACCUGGAGUUCAAGUCCAUCGAAGGCUCUUACGUGUAUAAAGGUGGCAAGAUAUACAAGGUGCCUGCCGACGAAACUGAGGCACUGACGACCAGUCUAAUGGGUAUGUUUGAAAAACGUCGAUUCAAGAAACUGCUGGUGUGGGCGCAAAACUUCGAUCUCGACAACAAAGCAACCUGGGAUGGCCUUGACCCGCAGAAAAAUACGAUGAAUGAUGUGUAUCAGAAAUUCGAUCUGGACGACAAUACAGCUGAUUUCACCGGUCAUGCACUAGCGCUUUACAUUAAUGAUGACUACAAAACUAAACCCUUUUACGAAACGGUUGAACGGAUCAAGUUGUAUAGUGCGUCUCUGAGUCGUUAUGGCAAAAGUCCAUACUUAUACCCAGUGUACGGACUGGGUGAAUUGCCUCAAGGUUUCGCUCGCCUAAGCGCCAUUUAUGGAGGUACGUAUAUGCUGGACAAGCCGGUCGAUGAAAUUGUCAUGGAAAACGGAAGGGUAGUCGGUGUGCGGUCAGGGAAUGAAGUCGCAAAAUGUAAACAGGUUUAUUGCGACCCAUCCUACGCGCCAUCAUGCUGCAAGAAGAUGGGACAGGUAGUGCGUGCAAUAUGUCUAAUGAACCAUGCGAUACCAAGCACCAAUGACGCGAAAUCCUGCCAAGUGAUUAUACCGCAGAAACAAGUGAAUAGACACAAUGAUAUUUACAUAUCAGUAGUAUCCUACACGAAUAUGGUUGCCGCCAAGAACUGGUACAUCGCCAUUGUAAGCACUACAGUCGAAACGGCCAAUCCAGAGGCCGAACUUCAACCCGGUCUGCAGCUGCUAGGUCCUAUAGUUCAAAAGUAG